AGGUGGCUAGUAUUUGAGACUGGCCACGACCUCAGACUGUCACUGAGGUCAAACCUUUCUUAGGAAUGUGCGGCUACUAUAGGAACUUUGUAAAGAACUAUUCUACAGUCGCCUCUCCUUUGAUUGAUCUAACUCGACUUCACACGCCGUGGGACUGGAGUGAUGAGUGCGAGGGUGCUUUCAAGAGAUUGAAGCAUGCACUCAUGAAUCAUGAGGUUCUCAUGGUUCGCGAUCCUCAGAAGCCAUUCAUAGUGACCACUGACGCAAGCCAAUACGGCAUUGGCGCAGUGCUGGCUCAACAGGAUGGGAAAAAGUUGAGAUCGAUUAAGUAUAUGAGCAAGAAGAUGCCAUCAAAGAAGUUGGCAAAGUCCACCUAUGAAAGGGAACUCUAUGCUUUAUAUAAAGCACUUGUCCAUUGGAGACACUUCCUAUUGGGAAGGUUCUUCUACUUGAGGAUUGAUCAUCAGACCCUCGAAUGGAUCAAGACUCAAUCGACUCUUUCUAAUGCACUCAAACGAUGGAUUGAGGUCAUAGACCAGUAUGACUUCAAGCUUGAGUAUCUGAAGGGAGAGUAUAAUAAGGUUGCUGAUGCGCUAUCACGUAGAGCAGGCUACCUAGGUGCGCUGGUUUCUGACUUUGGCGUAUCUGAUGAAGUAACUCAGUCGUUGGUGGGAGCCUAUCAGGAAGACCCUGUCACGAUGGACAUCAUUCGCAAACUUCAGGCAAAAGACAAGGCCACGGAAAGCGAGUUUGUGAUGGUGGACGGGCUCCUCUAUCUUGAUAAGACCAUAAUAAAAAGAUUAGUAGUACCAUCUAGUGAACCUUUGCGUAGUUUGUUCUUAGGAGAAUGCCAUGACGCAAUGGGACACUUCGGCUACAAGAAGCCGAGUGCUAACCUAGUACAACGAUUUUGGUGGCCAGGAAUGUUUGAUGACGCAAAGAAGUACGUAGAGACCUGUCAGGUCUGUCAGCGGGACAAGCCACGAACUCAAGCACCACUUGGGUUGUUGAAGCCUUUGCCUAUUCCUGCUGGUCCAGGACAGAGUGUUUCCAUGGAUUUCAUGGACACCCUGGUGACUAGUAAGAGUGGCAAGAGGCACAUCUUCGUCAUCAUCGAUCGAUUCACUAGUGCCUAUGCCAAAGACCGCAAAACUGACUAUGUCAUCAAGUUGUUCAAAAACAACUGGGUGCGUGACUUUGGUUUACUAAAGUCAAUCGUUAGUGACCGAGAUGUCCGAUUCACAAGUGAGUUGUGGAAGAAGACUGCAAAACAGAUGGGCAGUCAACUUCAGAUGACUUCAGGGAAUCAUCCCGAAGCCAACGGACAAGCCGAGCAAAUGAACAGGGUUGUACAGCACUUGCUGAGGCAUUACAUCAAGCCUAGCCAGGAUGAUUGGGAUGAGCAGUUGCCUCUCAUCGCCAGCCUGUACAACAAUGCUGUCCACAACAGUACCGGCGUUAGUCCUAAUGAACUUCACUUGGGAUGGAAACCUAGAUCAGCAUUAGACUUCCUCCUACCUAAAAACCGACCCGCUGCAACUCCGGGUACACUUGAGUAUGGUGUGCAGUAUGAGAAGUUGCUGCAAGAAGUUGUCGAGCACAUGAAGAAAGCUCAGCAAGCAAUGAUUGCUUCUGAGAAUCAACACCGUAGACAGUCCACAUUUCAGGUAGGGGAACGUGUCUGGGUCAAGGCUAGUGAGUUAGGACAGGAGUUUGGAAUCUCUCGCAAACUAAUGCCUCUGUACUUUGGUCCCUGGGAAGUCCUGGAUAUAGUGGGAGAUGAGAUGGAUGGCCCCACAUAUGUCAUUCGUGUCCUUGGACACCUACGCACUCACCCAGUCUUUCAUGCCUCAAAGCUUGCACCUUUCGCUGAGACAGAUCAAUUCCCUUCCAGGAGAUCGAUGCUGCCCCCAACCAUGGAUGAUCAAGUGGACAUCGACAACAUUGUGGAUCACAGGGAUAUGCCUGUUCCGAAGCCGCUGGGUUGAGGAAGACCUCCUAAACCCAAGAGAGAGUAUCGCGUCAGAUUAAGGCA